AGCCGUCACCCCGUGACGUAGCACGCAAGAGUCGAGCGCAGUGCAUUGUGGUCGCCGGUGCUUGACUAGAAACCAAAUACUAAUCUAUGAGAGAAACAGAAACCACACUGCUCUCCUGCUAACUACGGUGAUAUCCAGCCUCCACGCUCAGUAGUUGGUGAUCUGUGACCCCCUACAAAGCAGCCAUGUCGUCGACAUCUCAGAAACAUAAAGAUUUCGUGGCCGAGCCCAUGGGUGAGAAGUCUGUGAUGGCUCUUGCUGGCAUCGGAGAGGUCCUUGGCAAAAGACUGGAGGAGAAAGGUUUUGACAAGGCGUAUGUUGUCCUCGGACAGUUCCUAGUGCUAAAGAAAGACGAGGAGCUCUUCCGGGACUGGCUCAAGGAUACUUGUGGGGCAAAUGUCAAACAACAAGGUGACUGCUAUGGCUGUCUUAAAGAAUGGUGUGACUCCUUCCUAUAAAGCGUUGAGUCAUUGUUUUCUACUUCUGAAGUCCAAACUGUACAUUACCUCUUCUGAAAUAUUGAUUCACUUAAGCUACACCAUAUAUAUAUUUGAACUGACACUGUACACACUAUUGAGGUUUAUUGAAAUCAACUUGUUUUUAAAUUAUACUUAAAGCUGUUAGUGUAUCUCAGAAGUCCCUUGACCCCCAAAUCAAAUUCAAACAUGCCCUUCUCAUGGCAUCGCAAAGAGUUGGAUACUAUUAAUCGAUUUGUCUUUAAAUUGUGUUGGUGGGUCAUCACAAAAUGUGAUCUGAUGUGAAUCUGCCUGUAAUGUUUACUCGCUGUCAGUAGCCAUUUUACAGCAGACAUUUUGACUUGUCAUAGUAGUAAUGGGUGUAGUAAUAACAUCAAUGGUGGCUUCUUUCCAUUAGGGUUUAUCAGUAAGUCAUGUUACUGAGCCAGCAUGCACAUAAGCAGGGCUGUCACACUGGGACACUAAAAUCGAAUGUAGCCUUUAUUAACGUUCGUACACCCUUUGUGUGACACGUCAGAAUGUCUGCUGUGAGGACAGUUUAUAGAUGAGCUUCAGACUGAAUGUCCAGUUUUUGGGAAAAAGUUGCUCAUGUUUAUGAUACUGCAAAGGCUUUCUGUUCAAGGUUACAUUUUAUAUUCAGGUUCAUUCAUUGUCUGCCAUGUACUGAGAUUUUACCUAUUUGUUAAGCUAAACAUGGCUAGCUUGUUCUAUGUUUUUAAACCUUUUACCUUCAGAAAAACACCUAGAUUUUGAUUCAGCACAUGUGUAAUGUGAUGAUUACCCAGUACGAUCCAGACAAAUAUUUCUAUUCACCAUCAACUCUUGGGCUUCUUUUCCCAUUAGCCUGUUUUUUUAAAGCCACUGAAAGGUUAAUGUAAGCUGUGUUUUUUAAACGCUGCAUUAUAUCACAGUUGACUAUCAUGCACUGUCCACAAACAAUGUUUCAAUGAUUUCCUCAUAGGGUGGAUUGUCUGAAGUGUCUUGUAGAGGAUGUGACUGUUUCAUGUGACACAAACCUAAACCUCAAAACUGAUGUGACACUGGUCUUAGCAAAGAUUAUUUUUCUUAUUCCAAAAACUUUUAACUUUUGAUCUUGCAAAUGGAAACAUGGCCAGGCCCCCACAUCUAGUCUGCUCAAAGCUUGUUUGAACCAGAAGAUGGAAAUGUCUGUAAAUAAAGAUGCCGAUGCAACAAACUCAAACACUGUCAAAAACGUGUCAGUCUAUUGCCAAUGAGCUGGCUGCAGCCUUAACAAUAAAGAAUUAACUUACAGGUAUGUGUCUAUUAGCUCAACCAGAAUAUACUUCUAAUUUUGUUAGCAAUAAACAGAACAUAAUGCACCUACUUAAAGUGCUGGGGGUCGAGGCUAAUGAGUUGCAGAUGAAUGCAACUUGUUGGUGUGCCUAAAUGACUACCAUGAUGUUUUGUUUAAACAGUGUCAGAAUCACAUGGCAGCCAUCUAUAUUAACCAAUAACCACAAUACAGUAAAUCAAUCAGCACCCUGUUUGUUCAUUAACAGUUAGAGGCUUAAGUCACUGAUAUGCUGUACUCAUACAAUAGAAUGUAUUUGAAUCUUCAGUAGAAGUUGACCUUGUUUAAGGGCGAGUAAAAACCCUUUGGAUGCUUUUAUACUCGCUCUUAAACAAUGACCAGUAAAUGGGAAAAGGUAAAUCACUGAUCCAGUGGCUUUAAGUAGAAAUGGUCUACCACCUAUAGUGUGUAUUUUGCAACACCAACAAGCCUGAUUUUAGGUCAGGUCUUCAUAUCUGAGCUUGAUGUUGACUGUCUUUCUAAACAUGAGAUGCCUUAAUGCAUGUGAGUUUAAACAUUUUAUCCAGUCAGAUCUUGAACUGUAAGAUCUGCAGUAGUGCAUGUCCGCGCUGUGUCACGUUAUCUUCCACACAUCACCAGCUGUUUGAAGAUGUAACCGUUGUGUAGCAGCUUUUUGUUAAAGCACUGGCUGAUGUGUUUGCAUUUGACUGUGAAAUCUCUUCAGUUUUUAUAUUGCUGUUACUAUAAAAAAAAAUAAAAGGCAAGUAUCAGA